GGUCGCCACCGUGUCGCCACCACCACACUGGGGCCCCAACGCAACCGCCAGCACGACCACCGUGCCUAGCAGCCGUGGAGGCCCGGUGUCACCACGCCCGCCGGCAGCCACGCCCGUGUCUCGACCUGCCAGAUCCAGAUCCGAAGAAGGGGAUCGGGACGGAACGGAGACCUCCGGUCGCCGCAGCCGCAGACAACACCACGGGACGGAGCUCCAUCACCCCCGCAGCCACCGCGCCAUGCCGCCGUCGCGCCCUCGCAGCACCACGCCGCCAAGCGCCGCCGCCGACAGAGCACCGCGCCAUGGUCAGAGGGCGGGGAGCCACGCUGAGGAGAGACCCCGCCGCCGCCGGCCGUGCCCGGGCUUUGCCCAGCAGUAGCCCUUACCGGCGGCGAGGGGGAGGGGAGGAAAGGAGGUCGGCCGGUGGCUGGGAUCUGGAUUCCCCCCUCGCCUCGAGGAGGGACGCGGGGGUCGGGCUUCAAUUUGUUGUGUAGUUCCUCGACACGAGCUGGAUAGCUAGCUAGAUCCUACAUCCUAGAAGCCAUGGGCAAGCGGAAGUCGGCGAGGUCCAAGGCGGCGCCGAGGAAGAAGCUGGAGAAGCUGGAGACGGCCUUCUGCUGCCCCUUCUGCAGCCACGCCGCCGCCGUCGAGUGCACCAUCGAGCUCGACACCAAGAUCGCCACCGCGUCCUGCUACGUCUGCCUGGAGAGCUACUCCACCGUGCCGGACGCCCUCACUGAGCCCAUCGACAUCUACAGCGAGUGGAUCGACGAGUGCGAGCGCGUCAACGAGGGUGUGCGCCGUCGCGCCAGGAUGAUGCGUCACCGCCAUCCUGCGGUUUGUAAGCUUUUCGGCUGUACUUGCGCGGCCAAUGUGCGGCGGCGGCGGUUCAGAUAGCUGUAUGGCAAUCCGUGGGUGCAGCAGUUAAUGGUGAUCGAUCCAUGUCUUGGUUGCACAGUUGAAAUUUCGUGGCAAAUGUAUGGUUUGUAGUUUGUACGUACAGUAGGCAGCGCCCACCU